AUGACAUUGAAUACAGUCGCAUUGGGCGUCUCCCUUACCCCUACCGUUGUCGCGACCUUGGUCUCUCACUAUCUGCAUCGGAAAUCCCAUCGCACGAAACCCACGGUCCACAUCUCCUAUGACGAGGCAAUCCAGAUUAUUCGUCAAUUCCUUAACUAUGCUGCCAAACACACCGUGGAGGAUAUCCAGUCGUUCACGGCUCAACGAGUUCCCGCCCCGCAUUGGGUGAAGACAACCAAGGUCGUCAUUCCGGAGAAUUACCUCUCUUCUGCGGCGACUGCUCUUAUCAAGCAACUUGGGCCCAAAGGUAUAGCGCGUGUGGGGGGUGACAAAUGGUGGCAAUGGCGUGGACCGGCCGAGGAUCUCAGAGGAGAGUGGAUCGAGAUGAAGUCGGACUACCACGAGAGGAGACGCACCAACAAUCAUCCGAGCGGGAAGCGCAUCAUGUUGUAUCUUCACGGCGGUGCCUACUUUUUUGGCAGCGUCGAGACUCAUCGAUAUCAAUUGCAGCGUCAUGCGCGAAAACUCAAGGGACGAGUAUUUGCACGUUACGCCCGGGCCACAGAAUACAGAAUGACUGCUAAACUCUACGAUUUAGCGGAAUAUCGUCUGGCACCGCAGUUUCCCUUUCCUUGUGCCCUACAGGACUGUUUGGCGGCUUAUCUGUUCCUUCUCAACGAACACGAUCCGACCGAGAUCAUAUUUGCCGGAGACUCCGCAGGGGGUGGAAUGGUCCUUUCGAUGUUGGUCACCAUUCGUGACCAAGGACUACCUUUGCCGGCCGGAGCUAUCCUGAUAUCGCCCUGGGUGGAUCUGACCCAUUCUUUUCCCAGUGUGCUAUCGGACAGUCCAGGUGAUUACAUCCCACCGAGUGGAUUCCGAUAUAGGCCCUCCGCAGCCUGGCCGCCUCCAAACGCCGAUGAACUCCGCUCGAUCAAGGAUGCAAAACAAGAGUCACCAGAAAGCGCUGUGGAAAAAGCCGUGCCAGGAGAGGACACACCGGCUCAGGAGACAGCAGUGCAGGGGUACACAGUCGAGAAGGAUGGAUCAGAUCGGACAGAACCGACUCCAGCAGCUCUUCAGCAUUCCGAAGACGACGAGACCAAGCUCGUCGAAAUUCCUAUUGACGGUCAUACAGUCGUAGUGAAAGACCAGAUCCAAAUGUAUACACCGAAUCACCUCAUCUCCCACCCACUCGUCUCCCCGGUACUCCAACCGUCGCUUGGCGGUCUACCCCCGCUGCAGAUCCUCGUCGGAGGAGGCGAGCGGUUACGGGACGAGCAGUUUUACAUUGCUCACAAGGCCGCAAACCCAACAGCAUAUCCUCCCAGCGACAAGACUCUGGACGAGUAUGAUCCCAAACGAGAAAUCCUACACAAAUAUCCUGGCACCUAUGUCCAAUUGCAGGUAUGGGACGAUCUCUGCCACGUUGCCCCGACCCUUAGUUUUACGCGCCCGGCCAAAUACAUGUACCGAUCGAUUGCUCAAUUCGGUGCCUGGGCUCUUGCAUGCUCCCAGACUUCGGAGAUUGCCAUCCUCGACGACAACGACAUCUCCUCCAUCUCCUCCUCCAGUGAAACAGACCCUCGCGAAGCAGAAACCCAUGGCGAGAACAAGGGUAGCUCAAGACCGCCCGUUGCGUCCGUCGGCAAGGCAGGUGAUCCACUGCCCGCUUUUAGAGAUCGUAUGAUCCGCCAAAGAGUGGACAAAAGAGGGCGCAUAUAUCCGCUCAAUCCCCCAUCCUCCUAUUCCGUUCUGCAAUUCCCGCGGGACAAAAUUGGUGUAGCGAACCCGGAGCUGGUCCGGAAAUGGAUGGCCGGAAAGGAGGAGUGGGAUAAAAAAUUUGCCAAGGAAAAGCUACGUGUGCAGAAGCAGCGGAUGAAAGAAUUGGCCCAUGGGUUCCAGGACUUUGAUGGAGAUACUGCUCCCCCGAGCUCCGUGGCGGCCCGAAGACUGGCUCCUGGUAUUUUGCCUCAAAAGGGCGGAAAGCAUCGGAAGAGCUACCAGAUGACCCUGUGGAGUCGGAUGGCUAGCAAGCAUGACAAGAAGACCCUCGCAAGAGAACAGGCGAUGCAGAAGGAAGAAGGUCGUUCGAGGCUGACGAGCGUCGACGGUGGACGAGCAUGGGCGUCCAUGGAUAGACCGAGUUCUCGAGAUCAUGUCGGGCCAUCGCCGACGGAGGAGUCUAAUCAGGGCACACAAGGCAACGGAGGGCAAGCAGAUGGAGAUCCUCGGGAAGACCAGGAACAAUCCAACAGUGCUGGAGAUACCAACCAAUCUGGAGUCUCGCGUCCCGCCUCGGCCAAUUGGGGAAAGGCUGCCGGUCCUAUGAUCCUCUUGCCUGAGUAUGAAAGCAGGCAGUUCAACGCAGAUAACGCCAGCACAACGACUUUGCUGCAUGCUGCGGGAAUCAUUCCUGCUCGAUCCGAGCAGCCUCGGCCUGUCUCUCAGGCCGGUUCCGGGACGAUUCGCAGCGCUAUGACCGCCGACCGAGAGGAUGCCAGUCUCCUCGACGAUGCCAGGUCACUACCUGUGACCACGAUAACUGCGCUGGACAAUGCGAGUACCCGGGCCGUCCGGAAUUCCACUGGAGUCGUCGGCGUCGUCAACGAUAAGAACUCGAUUAACGGUUCUGCCGAGACGUUGUCUGCCCCUCAGCCGUCUGAGGAUCUGGAAUCUUUCUAUUCGGUCAAUGCAAAUUCGGAGGUUGACACCCAUUGUGUCCGUCCUCGUCCAGGUAUGCCUGAUCGCGAGGUGUUUAAAACUGCAGAUGAACAUCUUUAA